AUGAAAGCGUCGUUAUUCAAAACAGUCGCUGUAACUUCGGCCUUAGCAGCUGUUGUUCACGCCAUUGAUGUAUCAUGGGACGACAACAAAUCUAUCAAAGAAGCUGCUAGUGUUGUUGCGUACGGUUUAGUAAAAUACUAUACUGGCAACAAUACCGGCGAUACACCAGGCAACCUACCGGAUCCCUAUUAUUGGUGGACAGCAGGGGGUAUGUUCGGUACAUUAAUCGACUACUGGUGGCUUACUGGCGACGAGAGCUAUAACAAGAUUACCACACAGGCCAUGCUUCAUCAGGUCGGAACAAAUAACGACUAUAUGCCUGAUAACCAGACUAUGACAGAAGGUAAUGACGACCAAGGAUUUUGGGCAGUGGCUGCUAUGUCGGCAGCUGAGCAUAAAUAUCCUAACCCGCCAGAUGACCAGCCGCAAUGGCUAGCACUAGUUCAGGCUGUUUUUAACGAAUAUGUUAGUCGUUGGGAUACAGAGCACUGCGGCGGUGGAAUGAGGUGGCAAAUCUUCACCUGGAACGCGGGAUAUGAUUACAAAAAUUCUAUCUCGAAUGGUUGCUUCUUCAAUAUAGCUGCGCGUCUAGCCCGCUAUACUGGCAAUAGCACUUACGCGGACUGGGCUGAGAAGAUCUGGGACUGGGAAACCAAGAUCGGACUCAUCAACGAUGCAUACCAGGUCCGAGAUGGUGUCCAUUUCGUCGGGAAAUGCCCCAGCUCCAUGGAUACUAACCAAUGGACCUACAAUAGCGGUGUUUACCUUUAUGGAGCUGCUGCUAUGUACAACAUGACAGGAAAUAGCACGUGGAAAACCCGAGUAGACGGUCUGCUAGGAGACAUAAAGACCAGGUUCGUGAAGAACGAUGUUAUUUAUGAGCAAUUCUGCGAGACACACAAGCUAUGCAACCUCGACCAACAGACCUUCAAAGGCUAUCUUAGCCGUUGGAUGGCUGCCACAGCACUGGUAGCUCCCCAUACCUCCGAUACCAUCUCAAAGACGCUGCUAUCGACUGCAAAGAAGGCCGCCGCUAUGUGUUCAGGAUCGCCCCCCUCAGGAUUUGCCGGCGUGGCUGGCACGGCUUGCGGCUUCUCAUGGUUAACCGACAAGUUUGACGGGAUCGUUGGGGUUGGACCGCAGAUGAGCUCUCUACAAGCUAUUAUGUACACCCUCGCUCAGACGGCGAGACCGCCAGUGACUACGAAGACUGGAGGAAUAUCAAAAGGAAACCCGGGUGGUGGCCAGACGAGCCUUGAGGUCGACGUGUCGAAACCGAAAUAUGCAAAGAUAACAAUGGUGGACAAGAUAGGGGCAGGCAUCAUAACAUGCAUGAUUUUAGCUAGUAUCAUUGGGGGUUCUGCCUUUAUCGCUAUCUAA